AUGAACCCCACCAAAUCCCUCGAGUUCAAGCUAGUGGUAAUGGGAAGCGCCGGAGUAGGCAAAACCUCCUUAGUCCAACGCUACGUCCGCAACACCUUCUCCCCAGCAACGACAACCUCAACAGUCGGCGCGUCCUUCGUAACAAAGCGCGUAUUCGAUAAUGCCUCGGAUACGCUAAUCCGCCUCCAGAUCUGGGAUACAGCCGGCCAAGAGCGAUUCCGCAGUAUAUCACGACUCUAUUACCGCGGUGCGCACGCCUGCGUGCUCUGCUACGAUAUCACAGACGAAAACAGCUUCAACGAAAUGACAGGAUGGCUUCGCGAGCUCCGCCGCAAUAUAGAUGGAAGUGAAGGUGACGCAGACCCGCUUAUCAUCCACGUUGUCGGGACUAAAUCCGACAUCGUCACGCUGGACCCUGCGUCCCGCCGCGUGCCGUUUGAGCGCACCAUCGCUUACGUUGCUGAGCAGUUAGAUCCUAAUCGAGCUGGGACGCCGCCUGCCAGUGCGAUGAUGGAGGUUAGUAAUAGCUCGCGGGAGAAUACGCGUGGCAGUGCUAGUACGUCUGUGGCUAGUAUUUCCGGAUUUGGGAGUAGCUCGGGCUUCUUCGGGCAGCCGCCUGGCAGUGCGGGUGGCCAUUCGAACGGAAGUGCGCUGUUGAGUCCGGACUCUAAGCGUAGUUCGGCGUUCUGGGGCCAGGAGAUCGGGUGGGAUUGUUGCCAUGAGAUUAGUGCCAAGGACGGUGAGGGUAUCGACGAGGUGUUCCGGGUUAUUACUCGGAAGUUGGUUGAGCAACGGAAUCGGCGCGAUGCAGAGCUUGCGCUGUCUGCUGCGGCCUCGCCUAUCCGUGAGGGGAUUGAGGGCUUUCCGCCUAUGGAUGGGACGGGAAGUUUCCGUCUUGGUCAUGGUGAUAAGAGGCGCAGUUGGUUAGGUCUUACUAGUCCUGGACCUGGUCUGGGCGUUGAGAUGGAGGAGACGGAGUUGAUGCAGGCUGCUCGACAACGAGGUCGGUGCUGCUGA